CUCUCUUUCUCGGGGACUAUGUCUUUGCCUUUAUUCCGACCGACCAUAUUCCCGCCGCUGUGUCAUCUCUCCUUCUUCUUCCUUCGGGCUUCUUUAUUCCUUCUCUCUGCGCCAUAAAGUGGAGGUUCUCAACCAGCGCCAGAAACGUGAAGCUCCACUAGUACGUUCUAGAACACCCUCUACGUUCCACCAUCUGUCGUUUCUAGGGGACGUGCCCCCGAUCGGUGGCGGAGGGGCAUAUUGAUUUAUUCUUCGCAGUAACCCCUUCCACGCAUAGAAACGUUCUUGCUUCCCCCUCUGUGUACAUAUACAGAUCCGAUCUUGGUAUAUGCGCACGCACACGUAGCACGGGGUUACCAGCGGGGUUGCUCGUCUCCCCCUCUCAGUUACUCGAGCAGCAAUCGUGACGAUCAAUACACGCUAGCUCCUUCCUCUUUCCGGAUGCUGUCGCCACCCCUGCAGAACACAGUGCUAAUAAUUCUUUUGUAUGCAUCACUUGAUCGAAAUCAAUCGAAACACGGUCUUUGGUGACUCAUCGAGCAGGUACCUAAACUGCGUCUGGGUCACAAAGAAAAAAGGUUUAUUACUUUGCAAACUGUGACCGUUGUAGUUCCUUAAAAUGGAAGGAAACGGCACGAGAAUGGACUACGAAGAUAUGUUCAGAGAAAUUACCAAAAAACUUUAUGGCGAGGAUCCCGAUCACCGAACAUCGAGCGUGCAGAACGAGUUCGAAGCGUCAGUUUCCUACAAAAAUGACGAUGAUACCGGAAACGGUACUGAUGGUAGUGACGAUGGAAACUGGACGUACGAGGACGAACCACUUAAAGGAACCGACGGUAGUCGAAUCGCAGCUUAUCAUGCCGGGAAAGCUAUAUGGCGAUGCGACGAGUGUGGAGACAUUAUGUCGAGUGGUCCGCGGGAAACUGCCGAGCACUUUAUGGAACUUCACCCGUCGAGAAUCCUAGCCGACAGCAGUAGGAACAGGCAUCACUCACCACGUAAAGAUUAUUUGCAAAUAGAUUUAAAACCCGAAGAUGUAGUUAUGUAUUUAGAACGACUCCGUGAACGCGCCGAACGGGCGGCCCCUCCUUCCCGAAGAACCCAAGAAACGCAAACUGUACCUGCGGCUUUACUGCCGGUGACUUCGAGCUUCCUCUUGCAAGAACUGCCAUCCGCUCCUGCGCCACAACAUUUGCAACAGAACGCCACCAUAAUGUCUACUCCUGUUGCGGCAUCCACGAGCAGUAAGCGUUAUGGCUGUCCGCAUUGUCCUUACGGCACUGACAGACGAGAUCUUUAUACACGACAUGAAAAUAUCCAUCGCGAGGAAAAACCGUUUCAAUGUUACGUAUGCAUUAAACCGUUUAAUCGCGCGGAUCACGUAAAAAAGCACUUCACGAGGAUGCAUCGCGAUCACUCAUACGAAGUAACGAGGAUACGGAGACACCCGGGAAGCAACGUCCCCAAGCCACUGCAGGAUACGACAGCAACGACGGCAACUGUCAGCAUGAGCAGCCAACAGCAACCACAGCAACAGCACUUGGGUAAUCAAUUCGGCUUCGCUAGCAACAAAGGCUAUCAGCUACAGCCGAACGCCGCCACAUCAGGUGUCAGUACUGGCACUGGCACCACCGGUCUUCAUCAAGCGAUAAUCAUGCCUUCUCCAGCGGGUAUCGUGCAAUCCGACACGAAUAAUUGUAAUACAGGCAGGCGAUUGCAAAACGGGGGAUGCAAUAGUAAGAGUCAUCUCAAGGGUGGUUCCAAGAGCACGCAAGAAAAACGAUACAGUUGUCCGUACUGCCCUUGGACUGGAGUGGACAAUUGGUGUCUAAAGCGACAUAUGAAUACUCAUACGAAACCCUUUGGAUGCACCUUGUGCGAGUACAAAGCGGCGCGUGCCGAGCGACUUGCGACGCACGUUUUAAAAGUGCACAAUAGAAGACAAUGUUCGAGGUGCCCGUUUCUCGCCGACGACGCGAACCAAUUGCAAAUGCAUCAGGUGCACGUUCAUCGAGCGAGUGUGCCGUCGACAUCAACCACACAAAAUACAGUACCAAAUAAUCGUCACCAGCAACCUUUACAUCCCGUGGGAGGAGGACGACCGCCACCUGGGCCACCAGUUUUUCCAGCUCCGACUCCAGCGAUUGCACCUGCUACCACUGUGAUACCACCGAGCACUAUACUCGGUUACCAGCUGUCAAUGGCGUCGCAAAUCGCUGAUCGACUUUCGGGAUCAUCACCGCCACAGGGAUUCUUGAGUAUGUCGGACGAAAAUCAGCUGUCAUUAACGUCACAAGCCGCUGAUCGACUUUCGAGAUCACCGUCAUUACAGGGAUCCCCGAGUAGGUCGGAUGAAAAGGAAAAUCAUCAGAGGCUGCAAGAGAAACGGUCCCGAAAACAGUCCCGAAAACAGAGUUCGCCCAAACAAGUCAUAUGGCACCGUGAUCAUCGAAAGAAAUAUUUUAUACCUGCACUAGGUUCGCAAAAUGUAAGACAUCAAAAGUUCAAAAUUGCUAGUAAGAAUGUUCAAUUUCACCAGAGGUCGGCAUCGCAAAAAAUGUUCAAGUGUCACUUGUGUCCGAAAUAUGCGCCCGCACGAGGGAAAACUCAUCGGCCAUAUCACAGCAAAGCUUCAUUGACACUUCACACGCUGUGGCGACAUAAACGAGGAUCUUGGUCGACCAAGAAUCGUGUAUUUAAAAACAAUUCAGCAUCGACCAUUUCCUCGAUUACGCUUAAGGCAACGUUUUUCACUAACCCGAAUUAUAGAUAUGAUAGAUAACAGCAAAAGAGGCUGGAAAUGGCCAAGAGUGUAAAAAUUAUAAUUUUUAACUAAUUAUAAGCCUUCAAGUUAAAUUUAGACAAAUUAUAAUUUUUCAUAUAAAAAAAAUUUGACGAACUUUAAUCUAUUUAAUGGGCAGAAUUUGAAUUCGGUAUAUUUUCAUUAAAAAUGUUUUUAGUAAUUUUCUCAUUGGAGGAGAUUAAAGUGAGAAUUUUUGAUUCAAACUUUUUUCAUAACGCAGAAAUAUUUUAAUUUUUUGCAAAGAUAAAUUUCAUAUUCGCAUAACGUAUCCAUAUUUGUGACAUAACAGUUUACGUUAAUAGUGUUUCGGAAACUUGCAGGAUGAAGUCUGUGUUCUCGUGGCAAAGUAAUGUAGAAACGAAGAAGCGAUAGAUGGUGACAGAAAGAGAAGUACGAAGUCUGUCUCAUUUCCAAAACUUUAUCACGAGUGAUAAAAUCGCUGUGAACAGUGAGUGCGUUCCUAAGAAAGAUAUUCUGAAAGAGAUCGUAUUUCUCUCAUGUAUAAAUUAAAUUAAUAAUUUUUAAAAUAAAAUACUCUUGUUACUUCUGAGACAGAUAUCGUACACUUGCAUCUGAAUUGAAAGUAUUUUAACAUAACGUACAUACGAACAUGUAAAUAUGUUUUUUCCACAAUAGUCUUAACUGCUUCAAUAUUAGAUAAGAUAUUCAGAAUGAUUAUAAAUGUUACGUAAAUGAUUUUUUUUAAAUAUCUCUGAAAGUGUAUGGAACGUAUACUUUUUAUGUAAAAAAAAUUGUUUUAUAGAAAUGAUACGAAGCGACGCUGUUGAUAUUUGAUGUGAUAAUCAAUCUUAUAAAUUACUCACAAUCAGUGUAUAAAUUUGUUUUCAUCUACGUCGUUUAUAUCUUACGUCGCUUUUUUUUAAGAUUUCGAUUAAUGGGUUAUUUGAAAUUUUAGAAAUUGAAUGAUUGAAUGAAAUACGAUUUCCGCGAUUGACUAUGUAGCAAUUGGCCGUGAUUUUUAUAAAACUACAGUUUAAUGUAAGACGUAAGACGUUUGUACAGAAACAUCUUGUUUACGUUAUUACGUAAGAUAUGUCUAUUGUGCAUGAGAAUAAAAGAGAUAAUUCGCAAAUGGAA